AUGGAUACUAUGGAUAUUACUAUCCACCCGCUAGUAAUGCUACCACUGCACCUCCAGGUAUGCAACAACAACACCCUUCUGCUUAUUAUUCUCAGUACAACCAAUAUCAAUAUAAUCAGCCGCCAGGCACUUAUUCAUACUCACAACCUCCAAGCGGAAUCGUGGCCACCUUCAUUACAACAAUAUGUCCAAGAUGUCUUUGCCAACUGCUUACCAGGAAAAAGGGACGAGGCUGAAUUACAGUUACGCAACUUGAUCUUGGAAAGUCAUAAAGCAGGCACAUUGUUGACAACAGACUGGAGCGAAGUAGAUUUACCAAGAAAAAAAGAAAGAAGUAAUGGUAGGAAGAAAGUAAGCCUACAGACACAAAAGCUGAGCAGUGAGGAAGAAGCAAAGAAAUUAAGACGACUACGACGAUUUGAGGAAGAUGCUGCGCAAUAUAAAGCUGAAAAUAUGUCCUCAACUAUGCAGCAAAUGCAUUUGGAUGGACCACUGGUGAGUGAUACAAUUAUAGGUACUUCGACUAAAUUAGAGAAGCAAUAUUUACGAUUGACUUCUGCACCUGAUCCUUCUACUGUGAGACCAUUACAUAUAUUGAAACAGACAUUGCAAUUAUUACGAGAUAAAUGGAAGAGUGAGCAAAAUUAUACUUAUAUCUGUGAUCAAUUCAAAUCAAUGAGACAGGACUUGACUGUUCAACGCAUCAAGGAUGAGUUCACAGUGCAGGUAUAUGAGAUUCAUGCUCGAAUAGCUUUAGAAAAGGGUGAUUUAGGAGAAUACAAUCAGUGUCAAACACAGUUGAGAGGACUCUAUGCAUCCAAGAUACCCGGUAAUGUGAUGGAAUUUACAGCAUACCGCAUAUUGUACUUUUUACAUACACAAAACUGGGCAGAUGUCAAUUCGGCUAUGUCAGAACUAACAGGUGAACAAAAGGAAAAUGAAUUUAUUCAACAUGCGCUACAAGUACGUUCUUCUCUUGCUACGUCUAAUUAUCAUCGAUUCUUUUAUUUAUACAAGACAGCACCAAAUAUGGGUGGUUAUUUAAUGGACCAAUUUGUAGAAAGAGAACGAGUACAAUCAUUAUUGAUCCUAUGCAAGGCUUACCGUCCAGAUCUUUCCCUAGACUUUAUUCAAAAUGAGCUAGCAUUUGAAUCAAGAGAAGAGCUGAUAAAAUUUCUAAAAGAACAGAACGCACUCUUCCUAAAGGCUAAUAAUUCAGACUUUUUAGAUGUUAAAUCAGCACUCGGUAGUUUAACGGAAAGCGUGAAGAAAUAUAAAAAGAUUGAUAUCAAAGGUCAAGUGUAUUAA